AUGGUGAUGGUAAAGAGUGAAUAUACAGAGGAGGAGAUGUCUUCUGCCUCCCCUUGCUCAGUCUCUUCCUCUAGUAUGUCUCCACAGCCUUCUGAUGAGGAGCUACUGCCUGCUUUUUUUCACCUACAGGCAGGAGAUGAAGGUACCAAAAGGUCCAGGAGAGGCCGUUCCGGGGCAGGCAAAAGUGGGGAGGUGGUGAUGAAAGUAAAGAAAACCCGGCGCAUGAAAGCCAAUAACAGGGAGAGGAACCGUAUGCACAACCUGAACUCAGCCCUGGACUCGCUGCGUGAGGUGCUGCCCUGCCUGCCUGAGGAUGCCAAGCUUACAAAAAUAGAGACCCUGCGCUUUGCCCAUAAUUAUAUCUGGGCACUCUCUGAGACCCUACGCUUAGCUGACCAGCUGCAGGGAUCCCCACCAUCUCCAGAUGGGCUCAGUCAGGAUUCCCCAUCUUCCCCCUAUUCACCCUGGAGCUGCACUUCCUCCCCAUCUUCAUCCUGUGGGUCUAUAUCCCCAGUCAGCCCUGACAGCUCCACCUCGGACAUGCUGGAAUACUGGCGCCCCUCAGAUCAUAACUUGCAGAGAGAUUACACCCAGCAGCACCUGUGUGGGGCUUUCAUGGGAGUGAACUGA